CAAUCCGAUCAACCCAGUCCGUGAAGAGCCUGCUCUACUCUAUACAGUUGGAAAUGGAAACCCGGGAAAAUGAAAAGGAAAUGGAAACUCGGGGGAAAAAAAAUCGGUAAAUGGAAACAAACGACCCGAAGUUCAUUUCAAAAAAUUGCAUGCUCGAAACCAUUCGUUUCAUUAGCAGCGAGGGAGAAAGGGGGUUCGCGCCUUUCUCCAAGCAAUGGAAUUUGCAGCGGAAGACGAUGACUGGAACUUGACUCCCGAAGAACUCGAUUCCCUCGAGAGAGACGCUGUCCAGAAGAUCGCUCAACUUCAAAAUUCUGCUUCUUCUUCUUCCUCUUCGUUCAAUGUCUUGGUUCCUUGCUCUGCUUCGAAUCAACACCCCCACCAGUCAUUUACUUCCAACACCCACCUUAAUUGUAGCAGCAAUGAGGCCAAAAUCAGCAACCCAAAAGCCCACGACCCUGCAUUUCAAUCUUCCCAACUGAAUCCUAAAUUGGGUUCACGUCCAUUCGGGGUGGACACUACAUCUCCAUUGGCGCGAGUAUUACCUUCAUCAGUCGCCUCAAAAGAACAUGUCGGUGAUGUAGGUGCAAAGGAACUACCCAAGGUUUCUGUCAAAUUUUUCCUUCACAGCAGCGGGAACGUUGCUGCAAAAUUUUCAUAUGAUCAGGUACUGGUAGAAGCUUUUCGAAAGAUCCCCAAAGCCACUUGGAAUGCAAAAGAAAGAUUAUGGAUGUUUCCAAUAUCUAGCAUGUCAGCGGCAGAAAAUGUUCUUCGUGAUGUAGUCAGUUUUAAAGUCGAGGUAGAGAGCUUGGAUAACUUGGUGCAGCGUGCUAUCUUCGCAGCUUCUCUGCUUCCUGAUUUGCGAGACAAAUAUAUCAGGUUACCUGUAGAUAUUGAAUCAAAGCUGUUGCCAUUUCAGCGGGAAGGUGUUAGGUUUAUUUUACAGCAUGGAGGUCGUGCUCUUUUAGCAGAUGAAAUGGGGCUAGGGAAGACUUUGCAGGCUAUUGCCGUGGCUGCAUGUAUCCGUGAAUCAUGGCCUGUUCUUAUACUCGCACCAUCUUCCUUACGCUUGCACUGGGCUGCUAUGAUCCAGCAAUGGCUACAAAUUCCUUCAUCAGAUAUACAUGUGGUUUUGUCCCAAAAUUGUGGGUCAAAUAAGGGUGGAUUCACUAUACUAUCCUCAAGCUCCAAAAGUACCCUACAUCUUGAUGGCCUUUUCAACAUCAUCUCCUAUGACGUGGUCCCGAAGUUACAGAAUAUUCUAAUGGUAUCGCAGUUUAAGGUUGUAAUUGCAGAUGAGUCCCACUUCAUGAAAAAUGCUCAAGCAAAGAGGACGGUUGCUUGUGUGCCCGUUAUACAGAAAGCUCAGUAUGCCAUUUUGCUCAGUGGAACUCCAGCAUUGUCUCGACCGAUUGAACUCCUCAAGCAGCUGGAAGCUUUAUAUCCAAAUGUAUAUAAAAAUGUUCAUGAGUAUGGCAACAGAUAUUGCAAGGGGGGAACUUUUGGAUUAUAUCAAGGUGCAAGUAACCAUGAAGAAUUACACAAUCUGAUGAAAGCAACACUGAUGAUCCGCAGGCUUAAAAAGGACGUUCUUUCUGAGCUUCCUCUGAAGCGUAGGCAACAGGUGUUUCUUGAUUUGGCUGAGAAGGACAUAAGGCAAAUUAGGGCUUUAUUUUGUGAGUUGGAGGUUAUUAAAGGGAAAGUCAAGGCCUGCAGAUCAAAAGAGGAGGUAGAAUCACUGAAGUUUCAACAAAAAAAUCUUAUUAGUAAGAUAUACACUGAUUCUGCUGAAGCCAAGAUUCCAGCAGUUCUUAAUUAUCUAGAGACUGUGGUUGAGGCAGGUUGCAAGUUUCUGGUUUUUGCUCAUCACCAGCCCAUGAUUGAUGCUAUACACCAGUUCUUUCAAAAAAAGAAAGUGAAUUGCAUUCGGAUCGAUGGCGGUACUCCCUCAGCAACCCGGCAAGCUCUGGUUUCAGACUUUCAGCAGAAAGAUUCUAUCAAGGCAGCUGUGUUAUCUAUUAGAGCUGGAGGUGUCGGGCUAACAUUAACCGCUGCAAGCACGGUUAUUUUUGCCGAGCUUUCUUGGACCCCAGGUGAUCUGAUUCAAGCUGAAGAUCGUGCCCAUAGAAUUGGACAGGUUUCUUCCGUUAACAUACAUUAUCUACUGGCGAACGAUACAGUCGACGACAUUAUAUGGGAUGUUGUUCAGAGCAAGUUAGAAAAUUUAGGACAGAUGCUGGAUGGGGAAGAGAAUACAUUGGAAGUGGCAGUGAAGCAGCAGCCAAGUACAAGUACAAGUAGCAGUCCAAAUUCAAAGCAAAAAACUCUAGACUCUUUCAUAAAGCGUUGCAACACUGUAAGUUCUGAUACCCAAUCCAAACUUAAACUUCCUAGGCACUAAAUCAUUCAACUAUUUACUGGAGAUUUAUAGAAAAAAUCAAUCUUUAGAUAUGUUUUUGCCCAGCUGAUUGUAUAAAGCCUAAAGUGACCAUUAAUUAUAUGUAUAGAUAUAAUUUGGAUGUUACUAUCUCCAUUGUGUUAAAAAUUAAGGGUGUUUGAAACCCCGAUCAACGAGUUGAUUCA